AGUAUAUAAACCCACCUUCUUCAAUCCAACUAAACACAAUUGCUCUCUAAACAAAAACAAAACAACAGCAGAAGAAUAUACGUAAGCAUUUCCAACCGUCCGAUCAAUUCUCACAAAACAUGGGUGGGUGUGAAGCAAACGAAAGGAAAAUAUUGGUGGGCGUGGAUGAAGGAGAUGAGAGCAUGUAUGCUCUGUCAUGGUGCCUGAAAAAUGUAGUUGUCCCUCAAAAUUCCAAAGAUACCCUUGUCCUCCUCUAUGCCAAAAAACCUCGCCCCAUCUACCCUAUCAUCGACGGAGCAACAGGGUACAUAUUGAUGCCUGAUGUAAUGGAGACCAUGGAUAGGUACAACAACGAGCUUGCUGAGUCUAGGAUGGAGAAAGCGAAGAGGCUUUGUAAGGAAGUUAAGGUGGAGACGAGGAUAGAGAGUGGUGAUCCAAGAGAUGUGAUUUGUCAAGCUGCGGAGAAGUUGAGCGCCGAUGUAGUGGUGUUGGGAAGCCAUGGCUAUGGUCUUAUCAAGAGGGCUUUUCUAGGAAGUGUGAGCAAUUAUUGUGCACAGAAUGCAAAAUGCCCUGUUCUAAUUGCGAAAAGGCCCGAAUCAACCCCACCCAGCAAAUAUUAACGACUUCAAUUUUCCCUUUUGUCAAUUUUUUUUUUCUUUCUUGGUUGAUGUUGUAUAAAUAUUAAGGGUAAGUCCGGAAAGCGUAGUAACCCAGACUUAUCCACCUAAAAUUUUCGAGGUGGUUGUGUAAUAGAAAUUAAUUUGUAUAGUGUGGGUUCAUAUAAGGGGGGUGAUUGUGUAAUAGAAAUUAAUUUGUAUAAUGUGAGUUCAUAUAAGGUGUGGUACAAGUUAAUUUUUAAGUAAUUUAUGAAUUAAUAAGGAUGAAUUUGUAAUAUUACUUAAAUUUUAAUGAAUGUCUCAUAUUUCUUUUCUUUCA